UCCGCGUCUCUUCACGACACAGCGUCUAACUUUACGGCCGUAUUUUGAUCAGCCGCAAAGCGAAACGCGUGGAGUCGGAGGAAGGUUAAAGUGAAUCCCACAAAAACAAGCCGUCAUGCCAUUUGUGGACCUUCAGUCGCGGCUUGGUGUCAACCUGGACGGCUGGCUGCUGCUGCAGAGCGGACAGCAGCCCAACAAGAGGGCGUCCCGCUGCCACGCCUUUGAGAAGGAGUGGAUCGAGUGCGCCCAUGGCAUCGGGCAGACCCGCGCCAAGAAGGAGUGCCAGCUGGAGUUUGAGGACUUCUAUGAGUGCAUGCACAGGCAGAAGACACACCAGAGGCUGCAGGCCAUCCGUCAGCAGCGGGACAAGAUGGUGAAGGAGGGGACCUACACACCACCAGCCUGUCACUCAGGCAAGCCCGACCAGAUGCCAUGAGGGAACACGCGACCGUCCGCAGUUCUGCUCUUGUUCAUAGUAAAUCAGAUGUCGCUAUUUCCUGCCGCCUGUACACGUUUGCAAAUAAAUAUUAUCAUCCAA